UGAGAUGAUAACUAGGUGAUGCUGAGGCCUCUGGCGAUCACGCAGCCACGCUGUGGCCAUGGCCAUCUGGUGUUUCGGAAGCCACGGAUAAGUCUGCAGAGCGGCAAAAGUCCUCUGUUCCAGCUGGGACGCUCGAUCCGAAGCCAAAAGAAACACACGAGGGCUAGGGUUAGGUGCAGCAGCAGUGGCGCCGACCUCAAAGCGGCGACCGCAGUGGGGGAAGCUGGAAGAGAAAACACGGCGAAUAAAUCGACCAGGGUUAAAGUCACCCUAACAGUUCUGCGAACUGUUGGAGGUUAUUUCUCAGAACUUGGUAUCGAGCGAGGGAUCGAUGAUAUCAAGGAGCUGCUCGGUCAAUCUCUGCAAGUGGAGCUCCUUAGCGCCCAGCUCGAACACAAGACGGGAUUGGAGAAGGAGACGAUAAAAGGGUUCGUGCACAGAAGUGGGGAAGAGGAUCAAGAGGUGGAGUACGAGGCGGAAUUACAAGUGGGGAGCGAGUUCGGAGAGAUAGGGGCGGUGUUGGUGGAGAAUGAGCACCACAAGGAAGUGUUCGUCAAGGACAUUGUCCUGCACGGCUUCGAGGGCGGCCCCCUUCGCUUUUCCUGCAACUCAUGGGUCCACUCCAAGCACGACGACCCCGUCAAGAGGGUCUUCUUCCCCAACAAGUCGUACUUGCCGUCGGAGACGCCGGAGGGCAUCAAGAGGAUCAGGGAAGAGGAAUUGAAGAUACUGAGGGGCAACGGCACCGGAGAAAGGAAGAGCUAUGAGAGGGUUUACGAUUACGACGUGUACAACGACCUCGGAGAUCCCGACAGCAGCGACAACCUUAAGAGGCCCGUUCUCGGCGGCCACCAGCAUCCCUAUCCCAGGCGUUGUCGAACCGGCCGUCCCCGUUGUCGAAAAGAUCCAUUAUCAGAGCAAAGAAGUAGCAGCGUGUAUGUGCCCAGAGACGAAGCCUUCUCGGAAGUGAAGCAGCUAACGUUUUCUACGAAGACAGUGUAUUCGGUAUUGCAUGCCCUGGUCCCCGCGCUCCAGACCACCAUGGUCGACAGUACUCUUGGCUUUCCUUUGUUCUCAUCCAUUGAUGAUCUUUUCAACGAGGGAAUCAACUUGCCUCCUCUUAAAAACAAAGGCUUUCUCAGUACCCUUCUGCCUCGCCUUGUCAAGUUCAUCAAUGACGCCGAACAAGACAUUCUGCGUUUUGAGACGCCCCCUACUAUGGACAGAGACAGGUUCUUUUGGUUUAGGGACGAGGAAUUCGCAAGGCAAACUCUCGCGGGUCUCAACCCAUGCAGCAUCCAAUUGGUUACGGAGUGGCCAUUGAAAAGUGCAUUAGACCCCAAGAUCUAUGGCCCACAAGAAUCAGCAAUAACCACGGAAAUCAUCGAGAGAGAAAUAAAAGGUUUUGCAACCGUUGAAGAGGCCAUAAAACAAAAGAAGCUGUUCAUUCUAGACUACCAUGAUCUGCUUCUACCAUAUGUGGAGAAGGUUAGGCAGCUUGAAGGGACCACUCUGUAUGGCUCAAGGACAUUGUUCUUCCUAACCCCAGACAACACACUAAGGCCUCUGGCCAUCGAGCUGACUCGGCCACCUAUGGAGGGCAAGCCGCACUGGAGACAAGUUUUCACCCCCGCCUGGCACUCAACCGGCAUUUGGCUUUGGAGGCUUGCCAAAGCCCACGUCCUUGCCCAUGACUCCGGCUACCACCAACUCGUCAGUCACUGGCUACGCACCCAUUGCUGUACGGAACCAUAUAUCAUUGCAACAAACCGGCAGCUCAGUGCUAUGCACCCGAUCUAUAAGCUUCUGCAUCCCCACUUCAGAUACACGAUGGAGAUAAACGCCCUUGCUCGUGAGGGACUCAUAAACGCAGAUGGAGUCAUAGAGAGCAACUUCGUUCCUGGAAAAUACUCCAUCGAACUUAGCUCCGUCGCGUACGACAAGCUGUGGCAAUUCAAUUUACAAGCCCUGCCCGCCGAUCUCAUCAACAGGGGAUUGGCGGUGGAGGACCCCAGUGCUCCCCACGGGUUAAAGCUGACCAUCGAGGACUACCCUUAUGCCACAGACGGCCUCGUUCUUUGGGACGCCCUCAAGCAGUGGGUCACCGACUAUGUCAACCGUUCCUACCCAGACCCGAGUUUGGUGGAGUCGGACUCAGAGCUCCAGGCUUGGUGGGAAGAGAUCCGAACCAAAGGCCAUGCGGAUAAAAAGGACGAGCCUUGGUGGCCGGUUCUUAAAACGCCAAAGGACCUCGUGGAGAUCGUCACCACUAUUGUUUGGAUAGCGUCGGGCCACCACGCGGCGGUUAAUUUCGGGCAGUACGCGUAUGCCGGGUAUUUCCCGAACCGGCCCACCACUGCUAGAACUAAUGUGCCCACGGAGGACCCGUCCGACGCGGAAUGGGAACUUUUCAUGAACAAACCAGAACUUGCACUAUUGAGGUGCUUUCCUUCGCAAGUUCAGGCGACGACGGUGAUGUCGGUGCUGGACAUCCUGUCGAGUCACUCACCAGACGAGGAGUAUCUGGGGAGUCAUAUGGAGCCGGCGUGGGAGGAGGAUCCGAUAGUGAAGGGUGCAUUCGAGCAGUUCCAAGGGCGGCUGAAAGAGCUUGAAGGGUUGAUCGAUUUGAGGAACGCGGAUCCAAAUCUGAGGAACCGAAACGGCGCUGGAAUUGUGCCUUAUGAGCUUUUGAAGCCGUUUUCUGAAGAACCAGGAGUUACUGGAAAGGGAGUUCCCUACAGUAUCUCCAUUUGACGUUGCCGCAGACUGUUCGGGUUCAUGAGUUCUGACGUCACUUUUGUAGCGGAAUGCUUCCAUCAUAAGAUCUGACUCGCUGAUGACAGUUUAAUUAUGAUGCAACUGCAUACGCAUUUGAAGAAAUUGCCUUUUCUUGCCCUUUUCGCAAUGGAAUUGCCCAAUCAUGGACCCCCCGCGUUGAAAUUUUUCUCAGUGAAAUGAAUAAUUUUAAACUUUU